UUGCAAUACCGUAUGUCGGCCAACCAUGCAUUUUCUAGCACGGAUAAGCGUCUGUAGGCGCACUCUUAAUUCCCUACCACUAAUAGGUAUCCGCGCGAACCAACGUCUGCAUUUCCCAACACGGAUAGGCGACGUCCGGAAAGCGCACUACAUUUCCUACCACAGAUAGGCGCAUAGGGAAGGCGGUCUCUACAUUUCCCAGCGCGGAUAGUUCCCGUGUCGGAACAGGCUCACGAACGCGGGUGCCGGGGCAGCGGACGGGGUCAGCGUGGGCAGGCAGGAGAAGGAGCGACCGAGCGUACGCGCAACGCUCGCAUCUCGGGCGACAUGAGCUUUGCGGAGUACGCCGAGCGAGUGCGCGACGGCGACACGGUCAUCCUCUACCUGGGCCACGACGCGCUGCUGCCCGUGCGGGCCAAGGCCGGUGCCGUCACCCAGACGCGCUUCGGCGCCGUGCGGCACUCGGACGCGCUGCUGGGACGCCCGUUCGGCUCGCGCGUGGCCUGCGGCCGCGCGGGCGGCUGGGCCUACGCGCUGCACCCGACGCCCGAGCUUUGGACGCGAUCGCUGCCGCACCGCACGCAGAUCCUCUACAGCACCGACAUCGCCAUGGUGACGCUCAUGCUGGACCUGCGGCCUGGAUCGGUGGUGUGCGAGUCCGGCACGGGGAGCGGCUCGCUGUCGCACGCGCUGCUGCGCACCAUCGCGCCCUCGGGCCACCUGCACACGGUGGAGUUCCACGAGCAGCGAGCGGCCAGCGCCGCCGAGGAGUUUGAGCGGCACGGCGUGGGGCGGCUCGCCACCGUGCGCUGCCGGGACGUCUGCCGCGACGGGUUCGGCGUCGCCGGCGUGGCCGACGCCGUCUUCCUCGACAUCCCCUCGCCCUGGGACGCUGUCCCCCACGCGCGCGACGCCAUGAAGACCUCGGGCGGGCGCCUCUGCUCCUUCUCCCCGUGCAUCGAGCAGGUGCAGCGCACGUGCCAGGCGCUCGCGGGGCUCGGCUUCGUGGAGCCCUCCACCGUCGAGGUGCUGCUGCGCCCGCUCGACGUCCGCACCGUCAGCCUGCCGGUUCCGGACCUGGGGCAGGGGGGCGUCCGGGCGUCCGGCGAUGGGGGGCGGCCCCGUCCCCCGCACGCCGUGCCCGCGGGGGUCGUGGACAGCUCGCGGGGGGUUUACAGCUUCAAGGCGGGCUGCCCCCCCAGGGAGAUGCCCGGACAUACCGGGUACCUCACCUUCGCUACGCUUCCUCCGGCGGCGGCGUAGCCGGCGUCACAAGAUCAACAGUUCACUUCUCCGCUUAUUUUUUUUCUUUUCUAUUCCACGCCCUCCCUCGCCUCGUGCAUUGAUGGGCACAGAUCAGCGUUCAGACGUUCCGGGGAAUGCCUCCGCCUCUAAAACUCCCCGUCGCGUCGCCGUGUGCGAGCGGCGAAAGGCGGGCUUGCCUCCUCGUGCUGUGGUUCGAUUCGGUUCGCUGCCUUUUGCUCGAGUUGAGCGGCAGCCCCGAGAAUCUGCCGGGCAAGGAACCUCGGCACCACCUGCCGCUGCCACUGCCCAGUUGGACUCUCGAUGCUUCCACCCUCUCGCUCCUCUGUGCCCCCUAAUCCAAAACCUAACCCGCAACCUGAACCCUAACCCUCGGCGUCUCAGCCGCCCUCGUUGAGCUUGCAAAAAACGAUCACUGACACGCGGGUCAGCGGAGGGUGGGUGUGGUGGGGGGGGGGUGGUGCUACCGCGUGCUUCGUCCCGCGCUGUUGAUCGCCGUUUAUCGGUGCAACCAGGCGGUCCUCGUGCCGCGGAGGUCACGGACCGGGGAGGGGGGGUGAAGGGGGUUUUAAAUUUAGGUUCGCCGAGCGUGGCGCCGACCUCUUGAGUCGAACUCGGAUCCCGGUGCGGGGAGGGUGUUGCCAAGUAGGUGGCACGUCGGGAUGGGCGCGGCGGGGUGCGCGCUGGGGAAGGGGGCACCACAAUGCGGAUAAAAAUACCCGCGCCCUGCGGCGCAGCUGUUGCCGCUCGUUAGCCCGCGCUGUAAGCGGCGGUAUUUUAUAAUUACAUUUUUUUUCAAGGAGGGAGCUAUAGCGGUGUGCGUUGGGUAGCCGCGAGUGUGCCUCCUGUUUCGUUUGUACAGUAAAUGUUUUUCUUUUUAGAUUUCCAGAGGCGCGCACCCCAUUAGAAACUCCCGACGACGUCAUUUCAUCGUGCGGGGCCGCACCUGCUCCCUCCAGUUUGGAGAACUCUGAACCGAGUAGUUUUUUUUUUAAACUCAUGUUUUAUUUGAAUGCAACAAAAUAUAAAUGAUUUGUCCUUUUCCGCAA